UGCCCCCCAGGACAGCACCUUUACCUUCUAUAAUACCACUAAUACCGCAAAUAACUCCAACACAGUUAAUAAUUCCCAAAACAACAACUAUACCUCCUAUAAAACCCAACAAAACAAUCCCAUUACUCCAAACUCCAGCACUUUUAUCCCAACCAGCAACCCCAAAAUGCCAAACCAUACCCCCUUUACCACAAACAACGCCACCAAAGCCUCCAACAUCAACUCAAACACCUGGACUAACACCUCCAAUAACCACAACAAUGGAAGAAGCCCAAACCACACAUUCUGGGCCCCUGACUCCCCCCAUCAAGCCCAAAAUUACAGUCCUACCCCCUCUGAAACCCCAGGUUUCCCCCAUUAACAAUAAAACUCCAUUAGAACCUCCGCAAAUAACUUCUGAACUAUUUCCCCUUGCGCUCCCCCAAGCUCAGUCUGGACCAGAAGACACCCUCCCAGCUAUCUACACUGAGAAGAAGGAAGAACCAGAGACAGUCAGCACAGGAGGUCAUCCUCCUUCUCCAGUCCGAUCUCAGCUCUCCAUAGACUCGGACUCUGACAUGACAGAAAGUUCUGGACUCAAGCAGGAAGUCAGCAUCAAACCUCCAAAGAGGCCCCGCCCCGUCGUUAUCUUCAUCAUUGGUGGUCCAGGAAGUGGAAAAGGAAGUCAAGCAUCUCGACUAGCUCAGAGCUUCAACCUCGGAGUCGUCUCAUUGGACGAUCUCCUCAGGAGGCAGCUGCUAAGCCAAGCCUCCCCCAGCAAGAGGUGGGAGGUUGUUUCCCAGAUGAUGAGUCAUGGAGAGCUGGGAGCACAGGAGGAAACGAUCUCAGAGCUCAGGAGACAGCUGAUUGGUCAGCAGGAGGUCAAGGGGUUCAUCGUGGACGGGUUCCCUCGAGACGUUCACCAAGCUCUCAGCUUCCAUGAACAGGUUGGUUCUCCUGACUUAGUGAUGCUCAUGCUUAGCUCCAAUGAGACGCUGCGCUGUCGUCUGCAACGGCGAGCCACUGAGCUCGGCCUUCUGGGAGACAGUAGCCACGCCUUCCGGAAACGCCUGGACACAUUUCAGAGAAACAUCGUGUCUGUCAGGAGAUACUACAAACAGCUAAAACUGCUGAGACAGGUGGAUGCAGAGCAAGAUGAGGAUCAGGUAUUUGCUGACCUGAGUUCAGUCAUCAGAGAAAAACUGCCUCAAAAGGAGUCAUCAGACCCUCCUGAUGUCCCAGAAUGCAGCAGUGCAGUCCCUUCCGUCGCCCCCCUAACAUGAACUAUAAAUAACAUGAGCAUCAUUUUAAAGCUGUGUUAACCAAUCAGAGAUCAGUGUGAACCUGGAGCUGUGCUCUCAUUGGAUGAUGUUGUUGUUCAGUCUUCUUUAUGUCACUGUAACCCAGAGGAAAAUAAAUUUAGA